UUCUUCCUUGUUGCGAAGAUUACUGUCUAUUAAUUUUUUUCUCUUUCUCUCUGUCUCCCCCUUUCUCUCUCUCUCUCUCUCUCUCUCUCUCUCUCUCUCUCUCAUAUCUAUCUCCUAUUGACGAGAUUCCUUUCAAGUGUAAGAAACCUCGCGAAGCCUCGAGUUUUAUUCCUCUUAGCAGGUAUUAGAAGAGAAAAAUUUUCGUUAGCGAAGGAAAGGCUGCUGGGAGAGUUCAUUUGUAAAGCUCGUGGGAGAUAGGUGGAGCGUGUGUGCGCGUUUGUGUUCUAUGUCUGUAUAUGCAUGUCUGUGUAUUUGUGUCUAUGUGAAAGAGAGAGAGAGAGAAAAAGAGAUCCAUCGAGAAAGAUUAUCGAACGCAAAGUUUCAAGCCAUUUUUUUCUUUCCCUCCCACUUAUUUCGAUUGAACCUCACCCAAUCGUAUCUCUUUAACUCUUGCAACGUCCGAUAGCAGACGGAGGAAUGCUCUUCCAAGAAUUUUGAGCCGUGGCCGAAAGCGUCGAGGAACAUGAACACGGUGGAGUGUGCGUGAAUCGAGAGACAAAAGUUAGCUGGGUAAAAGUGUUUUUACGGGGCAAAAGUAGCCCGGCGAGCGAGCGGGCUCCGGGACUCGAGCAACAGGAAAGCACAGGCCCGAUGCCGGAAGCUUCGGGAUCGCGGGUGGUCGACGAGUCGGAUUAUUCGACCUUCGAGAAUAAGACCGGUCUCGCCGAAGACAUGAAGUUUCUGGCGAGCAUGCCAGAACUUUGCGAUGUCACUUUUCUAGUUGGUGACACAAGAGAGCCUGUUUGCGCCGUGAAGGCUGUUCUCGCUGCUAGAAGUAGAGUUUUCCAUAAAAUGUUGUAUCAAGCACCAAGUCCUCAACGAAAGAAAGAAGCGCCAACGAGAGAGAACAAGAUACGACUUUUUUUAAAGAGAAGCUCCGAACCUUUGCUGAACUUACAAAACGCGGCACAGCAGCGAUCAGGGUUCACUCAGCAGCUGGCACCCAUACAAGAGCCGCAAUCGAAUCAACAUCAUACUCUCAUCAUCGAAGAGUUUGAGCCGGAUGUUUUUCGUCAACUCAUCGAGUACAUUCAUACCGGUUGCGUCACUCUACAACCAAGAACCUUGUUGGGUGUUAUGAAUGCCGCCGAUUACUAUGGAUUGGACGAACUUAGAAAAGCCUGCGCUGGAUUCGUUCAAUGUUGCAUAACCGUUGACACGGUUUGUGCGCUCUUAGCCUCGGCUGAACGUUAUAUACAAUACAAAUGUACCAAAUCUUUGGUUCAAAAGGUCUUAGAAUUCGUAGACGAACAUGGGAACGAAGUGUUGAACUUAGGAUCUUUUACUUUGUUGCCUCAACACGUUGUUCGUUUGAUCUUAGCAAGAGAAGAAUUACGUGCGGACGAAUUUACCAAAUUUCAAGCAGCCUUAAUGUGGAGCAAGAAAUACUAUGACAGUAAUCAAGAUACACCAUUGAAAGAUAUAAUCGGCAACUUUCUUGAGUAUAUUCAAUUUCACAAAAUUCCAACAAACGCUUUGGUAAAUGAGGUUCAUCCGUUAGGAUUGGUACCCGAUGGUAUCAUCAUGAACGCUUUAGCUUAUCAGGCAGACCCAACCAGUGUCGAGCCCGGGAAACUCUCCCCCCCCAAAGUGAGGAAACAGGGCCGCAGUAUGUCGGUUCAAUCAUCCUUGGAACCAUACGGUAGCAAUACGACUCUGAGCUCGAGCGGCUCUGACACUGGUUUCGAGCGCAAACAGCACUCUGGUAGCAACUAACCUCAGGCCACGGCCGCAUUGACAGCGGCCGUUUCGGAUGAGCCUCGACGCGAGGAUAUAUUCAGCAACGGCGAGAACGAACGGAGUUUCUACGAGCAUCCAAGAAACGGUGAUGUUGCUCCGACCGAUGCAGAUAUUGAAGAAUGGGAGAAGAAGGAGUUGCAGCGAGAAGAGGAACAGCAGCGACAGAAGCAGCAGGAACAACAGCGAGAGGAAGAGGAACAACGACAGAAAGAAAAAGAGCAACAGCAACGAGAAGAAGAGGAAGAAGAAGAAAAAGAAGAAGAAGAAGAAAAAAAGCAGCUCCGAUUAAAGGAGGAGGAGGAGGAAGCAAAGCUUCGAGAAGAAAAGAAACAACAGCAAUUCGAGGAGCAAGAAAGACAAAUGCAACAACAGCAACACGAACAAAAGCAAGAGCAGCAAGAACAACAAGAACAAGAACAGCAACAGCAGCAACAACAACAGCAGCAGCAACAACAACAACAACAACAACAACAACCAAACAUCCAUCCGAUAGAUGGAUUAGGUGGUCUCUACAUACGAUUGGUUCUUAGACGAGAAGGCCGGACGGAUUUAGUUUGGCUAUAUAAAACGCACAAGUUCUAAACUGAAGUCUUAGAUCGCUUAUUCUCAGCCGUUGUUUAUAGUUUAGAAGUAUUGUAGAUCGAGUUGGAUAGAGUUAAACGAAAUGGUAAUUGCGUUAUCGUUUAAUUUGAGGAUUAUCGUUUCGUAUACUUUCGUCGUACAGUUCGAAACAAUGCGACUUGCAUUUUCUUUUUUUUCUAGAAUUAAGAAAUUUUAUAAAUAUAUAUAUAUAUAUAUACAUAUAUACUCAUACAUAUAUAUAUAUAUAUACGUAUUUAUAAAAUAGUAUAUAUAGUACAUAGACACAAUCACACAUUACACGUACACGCACGCGUGAAAAUUAUUAAUAGAUACAGAUAUUUAUCAUACGUUGCCGUUUGAAUCUGUUGAAAUUUUAAUUAGGCGGUUUUUUCCAAAAAACAUAAAAAAAAGAAAUAAAUAAGAUACCGUUGGUAAUGCAUAUAUAUUUGUAAUUGUGCAUACAAGUAAGAAAGCUUACAAUCGGAACGCUUCCUUCGACUACGAAUUUGUGAUAUUCGAUUGCUUUUGUGGAGCACGAUAAGCACAAUUGCGCGCCUUACUAAAGGAAAUUACAAAAAUUCAUUUGAGCAAUGUUAAUCUCGAUUGUUAAUGGCGAACGAUAUUUACAUAGAUAGAUACCGUAUGUAUGUGCGUUGUCAAAUGUGUCAAGACGACUUUGUAGUCUUUCAUUGAUUAUAUUAGCUAAUUGACGUUGAAAUCAUCGGGACAUUUAUUGUUGUUGUUUUUCUUUUUCUUUUUUUUUUUCAUUUUGUCUUUCUCUAGAACAAAACAUUAGUCCGCUAAAAGCGGUAAUUUGAUCUUGAAUCUUCUAAAUCGAAAGAAACUUAUCAUCUCUCUUCUUAAAUAUAUAUUAAUUAAUUAAUCAAUGAAUUUUUUGCUCGACAUAUAUUUAUUCAUAAACAUGUUAUAAUAGGCGAUUAUAUUUCAAUUGCAUUUUCGACAAAAGAAAGCAAAGAUUAUAUCGUUAUAUAUUAAUCAUCGGUAUCAUACAUAUAUCCUGUUAUUAUUGAAUUUAAAAUGAUCAUUCGCGUUUCUCAUUCCGCGCAAGAUAUUCGUGCAUAGUUAUUAGAUGGAUCACUCACGAUGUUAUUGUUGAAUAUUGUACUUUAUCUACGACAUAUCCAUCGAUUAUGAUAAUGAUGUCAGAGAACUACAAAGACUUAUUACUAAAUAAUAUAUAUAUAGAUAUAUGUAUAUAUACACACAUAUUAUACAUACAUACAUACAUAUAUACAUAUAUACAUAUAUAUAUAUACAUAUACAUAUAUAUUUGAUACAACAUUGAAGUUGCAGAAUAUAUUAUUAUCAAUUUAAUGCGAAACUAGUUAAACCGACCGCCGAUGAUUUCACACAAACACACAUUAAUAUAAUGAUUCGAUUUCUAAUUUUAUUAUUUCCUUUUAUUAUUAUUACACAUUUCUCUUAUUGAUAUUGAUUUAUCAUUAGCAUAGUUAACAUCUACAACUCAAUAAGAACACUUAUUCUAAAAUGAAACGAAAUCGAUUUACUAAAUAAUUUUCAAGUGGAAGUCAAAGAUCUAUUAAAAAUCAUUUGGAAAAUGCUACGUCUAAACUGCCACUCUCGAUAAAGAAAAUAAAAGAAAAAAAAGAAAACAAAAAAAAAUACAGAAAGCAAAGAAAGAAGAAAGACGAAAGAAAAAAAAAGAAAGAUACUAAAUCUAUUAUAAAUCAACGAUCGUAAGUCAUUAUCAAUACGAUUUUAUUUUCUCAUUUAAUCAUGCGAUUUCGUCUUCCACUCGUCGUACUUCCAAAAAGUUUGCAAUAUUUCUCUCAGAGAGAUACGUAUCGUUUGAAUGACAUUAAACCUAUUUGAUUAUUUGACAUUUAAUUUAGAAUGUUUAUCAAAGUUGCGCGCUAGGAAAGAUAUUAAUAUGUCGUUGAUCGAUGUUAAAAUUUUAGAAAGAAAAAAAAAAGAAGAAAACUUGGCGAUGAAAUUUGAUUAAAACUCAUAGAAGUUCGCGCGAAUCUAUUUCCGAUUUGAAGGGAAGCUCGCGUCCCGAGUUGGUUGCUACCGAUUCUGAUCUAUCGAUUGUUAUUGAGAAAGAAAAGUAAUAGAAAAAUAAUCUCACUUGCUACCAUCUGUGUAAUAGAAUCGUUAAUGUAUAAUAAGAAUCGCCGUAAUGUAUGUGUGCGUACAAUGUUUUACGUUUUAUGUAUCGUUUAUCGUGAUUUAUAUCGAAGCAUUAAUUGUUUUGUUAUUAUUAUUAUCGUUGUUGUUAUUAUUAUUAUUAUUAUUAUUAUUUUUUUUUUUUUAUUAUAAAGUAAUCAUCGAAUUUUUUAUAAAAAUAUUUUACAUAAAAAGAAUCUCGGAGAUAUGUUCGAUUCGAUAUAUAUUAUUUAUUUUUGGAAAAUGAAUGUUUUAUUAUCUUCGAUAUGUUUUGUUACGAAACAAAUCUUUCUCUCUCUCUCUCUCUCUCUUUCUCUCUCUCUCUCUCUCUUUAUUUUCUCUCUCGUACACAACUUUUAUACAACUAUCAACAAUCUCGUAGCACUAAUCAAUUUGCUAUAUCAGGUAUAAUCUUUCAUAUCUUAUUUUUUCAUAUCUUUUAAUUCAUUGUCGAUCUAUCAAAAUCAAUUUUUCGAUUAUCCACGAUAAUCACUCAAAGUUACUCGUAUAACUAUCACGAAGGUGCACAAUAAUUAUUAAAAAAAAAAGUAGUUAAAAACAAACCUAAACAGCUGUCGCUAUCAUCUCUCUUCUCUCUCUCUCUCUCUCUCUCUCUCUCUCUCUCUCUCUGUCUCUUUCUCUUUCUUUAAAUUUCAAAAUGUAUAUUUCAUUAUUCGUCGUCGUGUGAUGCGAUUAGCUCCCGAUUGCAUAAGUGUCAAGGAUAUAUUGAUGAAUGUCGAACGCUAAUUUUCUCGUCUAUAUCUCCACAUCUGUCCGUGCGCAUCGAUAUUUUUAUUGUUUUGUACUAUUGUAAGGUGUCCGUCAAAAAUGAUAAUACUAAUGAUGAUAAUAUUAAUAAUAAUAAGAAAGAGAAGAAUAAGAAGAACAACAACAACAACAAGAGUAAACAUUAAUAAUAAGAAAAAGAAGAAGAAGAAAGAAUAGUAAGAAUAAUAAUGAUAACAAUAAAUAAUAUCCGUUAAGCAGCCUAAUCGUGCCAGUUCCACGUCAUACGCUAUCUCAUCGAAAACAAUCGUUUCUCUCCGUUGGUCCGAUUGAUUUUAAUAUAAUUUAAUAUGACGGAUCGCGCGUAGAAAAGAAAAAAAGAAAAAGAAAAAAAAAGAAAAGGAGAAAGAUCAAACCAUAAUUAUUCUUACUAUUGUCGUAUAAUAAUUUUUCUCUAUCGUAUUGUCGACGAUAUUAUUUCUCACUCGUUCAUAUUCGUGGAAUGUGCGCGCAUAUAGAAUUGUGUUAGCGUGAUACGUGAGCGUUUGAAGGAGCAGACAGUAAGAGGAUUAAAAAGGAAAAAAAGAAAUUAAUAAAAAAAAAAAAAACGAAGAAAACAAAAAAGUAUGUGUAAAAAAAUAAAAAAAGAAAAUGAAGAAAAAAAAAAGAAGUUCGCCAGCCGAUUGGCACACGAUUCUACUUAAAGUUCGAUCUCUAUAAUGUUGUGAUAUACUGUAGCCAAAUCAGUCCACGUAUAAAAAUAAAGGGAGAAAGGCGCGAAUGCACCUGAAGAUUAA